AUGUCGCCCCCCACGCUCGACGCCGCGCUUCGUCGCAACGCACGCGAGCGCCCGAGCGCCAUCGCGUGCGUCCUCGUCCCGAACGCGCGCGAGAAGAACCGAAAGUGCUUCUUCACUUGGGACGAGUUACACGGCGUCGUCGACGCCCUCGCGCGCGUCUUGCGCGCCGACCGCCAUCCGCGCGUUCUGAGCUUUUGUCGCGACGGCGUCGAGGCGUUCGUGGCGCUGCACGCGUGCGCGCGGGCGCGGAAGAGUUUGGUGAACGUGGACGCGGCGACGCCGGCGAGCAGGAUUCGGGACGUCGCGCGGGACGCGAACGCGACGACGUGUCUGUGCGCGAACGACGGCGAUGAAGACUCGGUAAAAUCGGUGUUAGGAGAAGACGGUGUCGCGGUGCGCGUGUGGGAGGUGAUUAAUGCGGGCGCGGAGGCGAUCGAGGCGGAAGAGGACGAGACGCGAGAGGACGACGAAAUUUGGAUUGCGUACACGAGCGGGACGACGGGAAAAUGCAAGGGCGCCGCGGCGACGCAUCGACGCGCGAUGGCGUACGCACGGGCGAAGUGUGAGGUGGAAGAGAUCGACGCGUGCUCGCGGGUGUGCUUGGCGUCGAACGCGACGUUCGAUUUGUGGCACGGCGACGCGUGCGCGGCGGCGGCGGCGGGCGCCGCCGUCGUCGUCGCGUCUCGCGCGACUUUUCAACACGAUUUCGCGAGAGUGUUGCGAGAGGGCGAAGUCACGCACGUGUGUUGCACGCCGACGAUGUUCUCGCUGGCGCGACUUCCGCGUGGGAUCGUGGACGCACCGAAGUUGCGAUGCGUAUCGCUGGCGGGGGAGCGCAUGCGCGAGAGCACAAUCGCACUAUGGGCCGACGACGUGGCGUUGUACAACGUGUACGGUGCCACGGAAACGACUGUGGUGCAAACGUACGCAAGAAUGCGCAAUGCAGAAGACGAAAGCACGAAUCGGGCGGGGAAAGCGUACGAAGGAUUUGCCAGCGUGUUCGUCGUGGAUGAAAUGCGCGAAGGCGAAUUGGCGGUGCAAUCCUUCGCGCAGAGACGCGGCGUCGAAGGCGAAGUUGCCAUCGGCGGUAUUUGCGUCGCAGACGGGUAUUUGAACGACCCCGAACGCACGGCACGUGCGUUCGUUCACUCACCAUUCGGUACCGUCUAUCUCACGGGCGAUCGCGGGUACAUCGAUGACGCAGGCGAUUUGUAUUUGCGCGGUAGACUCGAUCGCCAAGUCAAGAUUCGCGGUCAUCGCGUCGAGUUGGAUGAAAUCGAAGCCGCGCUUCGUUCGUGCCCCGCACUAUGCGACGACGCCGUCGUGUUCUACGAUGCCAAUGAGGGAGUGCUGACUUCCCACGCACGAGCAGCUUCGCCGACGUUCGACGCGUCGAGCGAUGCAGAUUUAUACGCGUUCGCGCUCGAACGCGUCGUCGAGCUACGAUUGCCGCGACACAUGGUGCCUCGUCGACACGUCUUCAUCGAGCACGCGCGAUGGCCUUUGACUUCGAGUGGAAAAACGAAUCGUCAGAUACUGCUUCAAUGGUUUGCGAGCGGCGAGACGAAGGCGUUUCGACCUAAGCGUGAGAAACCGCAAGCGGGAUUGGAAACAGUCGUCGCGAACGCUUGGGCUGUCGCGCUGGGGCACGGCGACGCGAGCGAUAUCGGCGCCCUCGACGCGUUCGAUGCGCUCGGUGGAACCUCACUCAACGUUCUCGCAGUUUCAAAAGCGCUGGCGAGCGACGACGGAAUCGUGCGCUCGCGCGAUACCGCGCGUGGCGAAAUUGUGCGCGAAGCGCGAAUUGGUUUACGCGACGGCGAAGCUGCGGCGCUGCUCAACGACGGCGAAGAACCCGCGGCGUGCGCGUUCGACGUCAUCGACGGCCCGUUCGCACCGUGCGAAAUAUUCGCGAGACCCGUGCUUCGCGAUUACGUUGAUUAUUUGCGAGCGCAAGGUAUAGACGCCGACGUGAACGCUCCCGCGUCCACCGCCGUCGAGCCACAGCGAGAUACAUCUGCGAAUCGUCGCAUGCUCGCGGCGUGCGGUCGCGGCGUCGCCCCCGUCGUUCGCGCUUUGCUCGCGACCGGCGUCGAAGCAUCGGGCGAGCACCUUCGAGCCGCCGCCGCGAGCCUCGCCGACGAAGCCGUGGACGUAGUGCAAACUUUACUCGCCGCCGGUGCGGAUGCAAGUUCAUCAUCCGCCACAGCCGGUACGCUCGCGACGCACGUCGCCGCCGCUCGCGGGAACUCUGAAAUGUUAGAAAUGUUGCUCGCCGCCGGCGCUCCAGCGGGAGCGAAGGACGCGGAUAAGCAAACGAUUUGUCACUUAGCAGUGCGGAGCGGGGAUGUGAGUACCGUGCGCGUCGCGGCAAACGCGUGUAAACACUUGAAGACACGCAAAGGUGGCUUGGAGUCGUGGGAUCGUUGGAAGCGCACGCCCGCAGCGUGGGCGCUCGUCGCGGGAUCGAGUGAAAUUUUAGCCGAGUUGCGAGAUGCCGGGGCGAAUUUAACAUCGCUUGAAACUGACGUCUCCAACGCCUGGGUGCACGGUUCGCUGAGCGCAAAGAGCGAGGUGCAGUUGGCGCAUCGCCCGGUUCGCAAGCGAGGUGCCGCGGCGGAGGUGUUGAGCGCGCUCGCGGCUAGAUUGGACGCCGCAAACGUCGAGAGCGAACGUAUUGAAGCGGCGACGGCGAUUCGCGAGCUCGUGUGCGCAAACGCAGAGAAUCGAGAAAAGGCGCGAACGAUCGGUUUGGUGCCAAAACUGUGCGAACUCGCGCGCGAUCGUCACUGCGUUGAAGCCAUCGGCGCGUUGAGAAAUUUAGCCACCAACACGAGCGCGGCAGGGGCGGCUGGCGACGCCGGAGCUAUGGAAAUCCUCGGUGAUGUCAUUCGCGCUCGUGCUAAAUUAAAAGACAGCGAGCUGAGUGCUGACGAUAGGCGAGUAGUGUACGCUGCGGCGAGCGCGAUGCGCGCGUUGGCGGUGAAGCACGACGCGAAUGCCGCGCGAUUGCGCGCGUCGAGAGACGUCGCGGACGUCGUCAGUCGAUUGUGCGAAGGCAUGCGAUUAGAGUAG